GUUAAAUGUAAAGGACAUGAGAAUGAAAUAUUACAAUUUACAGAAGCACUUCAUAUAGGAAUGAAUCCGAUCACACUUCUUUCCCAAUUCUUUGUUUACCCUUUCAGUUUUUCCUUUAACUCCAGUUACAUCACUCCAUCCUGAUAGGUGGCGAUAUAUGCACCCAAAGAUAGUUUGCCAACCGCCAUAAGAAAAAAGUCGAAGAAGAAGAACCCGAAGCGGAGGAUCCGUCGGUGUGCGCAUGCGCGAGUAAAUAAUGGGAGCCGGCGUGAGAGUUGAAUAAAUUCAUGUUCAGUGAAACUCCUCUGACAACGAUCUCACAUUCAUCGAUUCAACAAUAAAUGCAGGAAUAUCUCCAUCCCUUCUCAAGUGAAGAGGAGCAUCAAAUCAUCCAAGAAGAGAUGAAAUCUGUAAAGACUGAGUUUAUUAAAGAGGAAAGAGAGGAGAUGGGAGAUCCAGAACCCUGGAUCAAACACACUGAAGAUACUGAAGAACAAACAGGUCUGAACGGAGGUCUAAGGGGUUUGGAACGACAUGAGGAGUUGAUUGAAAGUAAUGAGGAGAGAGAAGUGAGUGAAUCUGAGAAGAAACCUUACAAGUGUUCACACUGUGACAAGAGAUUCAGUCGGUCAUCACAUCUGAAAACACAUGAGAGGAUUCACACCGGAGUGAAACCUUUUAAGUGUUCACACUGUGACAAGAGAUUCAGUCAGUUAUCAAGUCUGAAAAGACAUGAGAUGAUCCACACUGGAGAGAAACCGCACACAUGUGAUCAGUGCGGGAAGAAUUUCACACUAAAAGGAGACCUUACAUCACACAUGAGAAUUCAUACUGGAGAGAGACCAUUCACUUGUGAUCAGUGCGGGAAGAGUUUCUCAUACUCAUCAAACCUUAAGUUACACAUGAACAACCACACUAGAGAGAAGCUGUACACAUGUGAUCAGUGCGGGAAAACAUUUUUGUGUGCUUCAGUCCUGAAGCAGCACCUGAGAGUUCAUACAAAGGAGAAACCACACUCAUGUCAUUUGUGUGGAAAGAGUUUUUCAUUAUUACAAAGUUUGAAAAUACAUCAGAAAAUACAUACUGGUGUGAGAGAGUACAUGUGCUUUGAGUGUGAAAAGACUUUUACUACAGCGGGCAGUUUAAAAAAGCAUGAGAGGAUUCACACUGGAGAGAAACCUUACAAGUGUUCACACUGUGACAAGAGAUUCAGUGUGUCAGGAAACCUGAAAACACAUGAGAUGAGCCACACUGGAGAGAAACCUUACAAGUGUUCACACUGUGACAAGAGAUUCAGUGUGUCAGGAAACCUGAAAAAACAUGAGAGGAUCCACACUGGAGAGAAACUGUACACAUGUGAUCAGUGCGGGAAGAGUUUCACACUAAAAGGAAGACUUACAUCACACAUGAGAGUUCAUACUGGAGAGAGACCAUUCACUUGUGAUCAGUGCGGGAAGAGUUUCUCACGAUCAGCAACUCUUAAGGUACACAUGAACAUCCACACUAGAGAGAAGCUGUACACAUGUGAUCAAUGCGGGAAAACAUUUUUGAGAGAUUCAGCCCUGAAGCAGCACCUGAAAGUUCAUACAAAGGAGAAACCACAUUCAUGUCAUUUGUGUGGAAAAAGUUUUUCGCGUCCAGAACAUUUAAAAUUGCAUCAGAAAAUACAUACUGGUGUGAGAGAUUACAUGUGCUUUAAGUGUGAAAAGACUUUUACUACAGCGGGCAGUUUAAAAAAGCAUGAGAGGAUUCACACUGGAGAGAAACCUUACAAGUGUUCACACUGUGACAAGAGAUUCAGUGUUUCAUCACAUCUGAAAUCACAUGAGAGGAUCCACACUAGAGAGAAACCAUAUCUCUGCACGACAUGUUGGAAGAGUUUCAGUCAUUCCGUUUCUCUACACAAUCAUACAAAAAACUAUCAUAACUUUGUUUGUACCUCGCCUGAACUAUUGCCUGUCUGAAGAUUACCCAUUUGCCUUGCCCUUUGGAUUAAAUUACAGAGAGUAUUGAAAACUGCAGAGCUCAUAAUUGGACAUAAACUCCCAGCCUUACAGGAUAUCUAUCAAACUCACUGCUUGAAAAAGGCUUGCAGCAUCAUCAAGGACUGCACUCACCCUGCUCAUCACCUGUUUGCCUCACUGCCAUCUGGCAGACACUUACGAUCCAUCUGAUCAUGGACAACCAGACUGAAAAAUAGCUUUGAUCUUCAAGCCAUCAGACUGAUUAACAGCCAACUAUCUUUCAUCUAAAACCGGAAUACAUGCUGCCUUUAAGUUUAUUAUUUAUUGUACUUGCACUGCAACUUUUAAUAGUUUUUUCUUGUAGCUCUGCGAUAUUCUACAAAUACAUUUUGGACACUGCUCUACACCAGUAUUCUAUAUUAGUAUCUCAGGACUAGUUAAAUCUCUUAACAAUGUCUACCCUUAUUGUAUCGGUUACUGCCCCUUAUUUUUUAUUUACUGCUCUGUUUAUUGUUCUGUCUAUAGUGACUUAAGUCACUCAAUAUCUCCAUACCAUCCAUGUAUGUUUAUAUCUGUAUAUGUUAAUUUUUUUUAUAUGUGGGCCUGUUAUUGUCCUUGUUGUCUGAGCCUUGUCACAAUCAUUUCAAUGCCCAGUUUUUCCCAGUGUUACCUAUGCAAAUUAUAAAUAAAUUACUCUUGACCUCUUGACAUUCGCCAUCGAUUGAUCCAUGCCUGUCUCUGGAUGACUUUUCUGCUGUGCCUGUGCUAUACCUGUUGUUGCUGUCGACCCAUCCCUGUUUUAUGACUCCUUGCAGAUAAAGGCGGCCACAAAAUUUAGUCAACCACAAGACAUUCAAGAAAGCUUAUCACUACUCUGUUGACAUCCCAUUUAAUCAUCUUAAGUCAUGUUAUAGUUGGUCAUCCAGAGUUUGUCAGGUCACAGCUGAUCUUCCAGGUCCUUGGCACAUCUCAGCUGAUAUUUAGGGGUUUGGUCAUGUUACAGCUGAUCUUCCAUAGUCUCGUCACUUUACAGUUGAUCGUCCAAACUCUCGUAAUGACCCAGCUGAUCUUAUCUCCCAGAGUCAUGUCACGUCCCAGUUGAUCAUCCAGAGUCACUUCACAUCACAACUGAUCAUCCAGUUUCGUCUUGACACAACUGAUCGUCCAGAAUCACGUCACAUUACAGCUGAUGUCCAGUCUCUCGACACAUCACAGUUGAUCGUCUAGAGUCAUGUGAAUUUACCAGUUGUUCAUCGUGAGGUGUGUCACUGUGGGUGUCUACCUGUGGGUGUCGCUGUUGGACAGUGUUAUUCCUGCUUCCUGAUGCCCUUGCUGCUGUUUGUGAUUGUAGCUCCAUGUUGCUUUGUUUUCAAUAGAAUCUUACUAUCACUCUCUGUUGUUUAAAGUAAUAAAAUAUAACUUAAUACCCACCAUAUUUCUGAUAUUAUCUAUCAAUCUAAUCUGAUUAAUUUGAUAGUUCACUUUUAUUUGAAAUUCGUGAGUGCAGUGCACCUGUAUUAGCGUUUUCAUUCGUGCCUAUCACUGUUUUCUUUU